AUGCCCACUAAUGAACUGAUGGACAAUACAGGAAAUUCCAAAAAGGAAAAAACAAAAGUCAUCUGCAUCCAGUCUGCUAUGGUGAACGCUACAUUUCCGUCCAGUAAUAUGACACAAGCCUUUACCAUUAGUAGUAAGACCAUCGAGAUUACAAAAACAGCUUUUGUGUUUUUGUUGCUACUGCCAUUCUGCUUCUUCCUCUACUUUCUCACAGUUAUACUGAAUGUCUACUUCACCACACCCCAUAUUCGUGAUAAUGCUCGCUACGUACUUUUUGCGCACAUGCUCAUCAAUGACACUCUAUAUCUACUUGUGGCAAUGUUUCUGACACUUGUUACUAUGUAUGUUGUUUAUCUUCCUGUGCCAUUCUGCUAUAUUAUAAUAACCUUGGGGACUUCCACAUUCCGAAUUACCCCGUAUAACCUGGCGGCCAUGUCUUUGGAGCGAUAUGCCGCCAUCUGCCACCCACUAAGACAUGGAGAGCUGGGGACAUCACAGAGUGCCACUAAAGCCAUCUCAGUCAUUUGGGGAGUUGGGCUUAUUCCUAAUCUUUUAGAUUUCAUAAUCAUGACCAUCUAUGCUCCGAAUAAUUUUUUCUCAGUUCAUCUUAUGUGUAAUCAGAUAAUCUUUGUGAUGCAUUCACUGCAAAACACCAUAAGAUUAUACAGUUACAUUAUCAGUUUUGUCUUGGUGGGACUCAUAAUUGUGUAUACGUAUAUCAAGGUGAUGCUGGUUGCCCGUAAGAUUGGGUCCAGCAAGUCAACUGCAUCCAAAGCUGGUAAAACCGUUAUGCUUCACACGUUUCAGCUACUUUUAUGUAUGUUCUCAUUUGUAUCCACCCUAACUGAGCCGUAUCUUAAGGAUUAUUUCACAUUUUUGAUUUUAGGGAACUUUUUCCUUUUCACAUGCCUGCCCAGAUUUCUGAGUCCUUUUAUUUAUGGAUUGAGGGAUGAACUUUUCCGUAAAUAUAUACAAAAGAUGUACUCAAGAUGCAAAUGA